GAUUCUCUCCUCGAGUCGUGCUCCUCAGACAUUCCUUUCCAUGUCCCCCUAUGUACGAUAGUGCUCAGGUGAACAGCGUCGGGCGGGACUGAUUGCCUUGCUCGUUCUGGAAGGCUCAAAGCAACGGAAUGAGGCAGGGCUUGGAUCACCAAGCCCAGUUAAAUCCUUGCUGCUCUUUUGUACUGGCUUCAGUAUGUACGUUCCCAACGUUGAGGAUAGUUGGGGUAGGGAUGGCUUCAAGAGGAGGGGUCAUCCUUCAAAUUUUUGCUGAAAGGAGAGGAGCAGUCCUGAGUUCAACCGAUAAUUCCGGAGUACGGCAUUGCCAUGCGGCUGGAGAACGACCCGCUCAAAUCGUAUUGGAAACUGUUCUAGACGAACGAGAUACCUACUCUUCACGAAGGACUGCCCAAGUACUUUGUCCUGAUGGACCGUCAAACUACCCUUUCCGACCCCCCUUCGGAGGUGCACUUGCACUUGCAUACCCUGAACCAAAUCGAACGUUGGAAACUGUACGAGUCUGGAGGGGUCCGCUCGCCGCAACCGAAUUUCAAAGAAUCUGUUUUUUGAUUCAUUCACCAACGUUUUCUCAAUCACAUCCUUCCCCCCCACUUAUUUCAUCCGUUGACUGAAACGCUCCAUGGAGUUCGAUAUACCUUGAUAGACAGCCAGGCCUUAUCAUGCGUUUGAAAUCGCUUUCGCUUCUUUUCAAUAUAAUUCCACUCGUUUUUGACCUCGGACCAGUGCCCGAAAUUUU